CGACCGGAAGUGUGCGGAACGCUGCUGCUUUUAGAGAUGCCUUGGGGGUGUGGGGCAGUUGGCGGUGAGCAGCAUGCUGGGCUACAGCAGCUCAUCGCUCUCGCAGCAGCGACUAAGUCCUUCCUCGGUCCCAACAAGAGCUACAAGUUUGUGGACGAUCAGGCCGGUCACGGUGGCUCGUUCUUGGUGUGUUCGCCGUCACGCCUGCUGGAGCACUUAGAGCUGAGCUGCCCGGUCAGCCAGCUGCUCCUGGAGACCGUCCAAGCCCAUCAGAAGGCCUUCUGCACCGGUGCUGGAACACUAAUUUUUUUGGCUGGAGCAUGGAGCCUUGCAGCUCUCGAGUGCCUUAGGGACGGCAUCCCUGUGUGCGACAUCGUCUCGGCCCUCACGGAAGGCCUGGACUCUUGCACCGAGGCCUGUAGGAUGAGCUGCGUGACGGUCGCCGAGGCCAUUCGCAGCUACGGUUCGCUGAAGAGCAGGCAGGCGAACCGGGCUCAUGGGGACGCUACUUCUGUCAAGGUGUCGAGCCAAUCGGCGACCGGUUCGGAUGUGUUCCACAGCUCUUCGGCUCAUUUGCCCGGACAAGCUGCAAGCAGGUGCGGCAGCCUGCGGCCAGAUCAGGAACACAAGGCUCUCGCAUCCCUCCGACACCGAGCGAGACUCAGACACAGCAGGUAUUUCAACGAAAAAGAGGAGAGCACCGGGGCAGAGAGCGGUUCGGAAAGGUCACCGAGGUGCGAGUCAUCGUCCUCGCAUCUUUGCGAUUUAGGAAGUGAAGAUGUUGCGUUCCUUGGCAGCACGGUCAGUCAUGGAAGCGAGAAUUUGAUGAAUCUGGUCAUAGAGGCGAGCAGGAUUCAGAGGGAGAAUUCAGAAGGGCGACUGCUCGGUGGCACGGUCUUCGACGUGAGCAAACUGGCCACGUGUUUGGUAGAAGGGUUGUGGGAGGAGCACUCGUGUGUCACAUCUGGGCUGGUCACCUUCGUAUCUGUGGAUCAGGCUUCUCUAAUCCAGGGCCUGACGAAUCAGAGUCUGCGAGUGGCCAUAUUUGACGGCGACCUGAGCGAAAAGUACCGCCACUUGGGCUUCCGCAAGCCCUCUGGCGUCCGGCGUGUCGCAGAAGUUUCAAAUGCGCCGAGGCCACUCAGGGAAGGCGGGUGGCUGGAACGCGUCUUGGAUACCCUGCUGCAGCUUGAGGUGAACCUGCUUCUUGUGAAUGGGGUGGUUUGUACACACUUGGCCGAACUCUGCCUUCGCCGUGGUAUUGCAUUCGUAGAGCGGGUGGAGUCCGGCGUGUUGCAGCACCUGGCCGAAGCCACGGGAGCCGUGCCGCUCACUUACGUGACGCAGAUGAGCGAGCACUGUGUGGGGGAGGGAGCGCUCGUGGCCAUCUGGAGGGAGGGCAUCGGAGACGGGCGCCGUGUGGCCGUGAACAUCCGCGCAGGUAGGAGCGCCCUGGUGACCGCGGUCAUCACCAGCACCGUGCAGAGCAAGUUACGGUCCCUAGAGGAUCGCUUCUGGGGAUGUGCCCACCGGCUGCACCACUCCCUCCGAGAUGGAAAGCUUCUGCGCGGCGGCGGCGAGGUUGAACUGGACUGCAUCCGUCACCUCCGAGGACUCCUGAGAGACGGCCCUUCAACAGGCGCAUGCGGUCAGAACAGGUCGGCGGUGCUGCAGCGCAUGUCGCACGGCUGGAUGGACUACAUCGCAACGCUCUUGUGGAACUCUGGGGAGUGUUCAUCCAAGCUGGAGGCCUGGGAUGCCUGCAGCCGAGCCGCCGAGCAGCAAGUUCCAGGGUCUACCCUGCCGACUGUCAUCUCAAAUCUGCACCCGCAGCUCAAUGCUGACUGGCUGGAGGGCGGCAGGGGUGGCAGGAGCGCCACGCCAGUCUAUGACAACAUGACGGUGAAGCUCGAAGCCUGGAGGAGGGCUUUAGAUCUGGUUCUGAUAGUGCUCCAGACAGACAUGGAGAUCAUCGCUGGCUCCUCGCACAGAGACACCGAGGGGCUGCCUGCACACUUUAUCAUCCUCUGAGCAAAACAAGGAGCGUUUGAUCAAAUUAAAAUAUAUUAAUUUAAUUAUUUUUACUUGCAUAUUGUGCUGCUAGGGCAGCUGCUAGUCUAUUGAUUAAAGCUCUUACCUGUGGACCUGAAGAUUGCAGGUUCAAAUUCCACCUCCAGCUGUAGUACUCGUAAGUAAAGUACUCCCCUUCAGUUGCAUCAGCGAAGUUACCCAGCUGUAUAAAUGGGUAAAUAAUUGUGUCAGCUGAAUGUAGCCAUGUACAACAGAACACAAGUGCUGUUAGAAUUUAUAGGUAAAAAAGUGUUUAACAAUAUUUCUUUUUGCUCACCAGCGUUUGAACGAUGAGAAAUACCAAUGCGCCCGUCCGUAUGUACUGUACGUUCCCAGCUGCUGUGUCACCUCUCAGCCAAUACACUCACGCUCUGUGGAUCAAACGCAUGAGCGGUUGUAUUUCCCGUGAUUGCAAAGAUCAACUUAACGAAUGCAACGCAUGAAGACCUCCAACGGGAGCCACUGUCGAGCGAGAUCGGCUCGGACCCGGGGCCGUACGCUGAGCUCCUGCUAGCGACAGAGAGGCCACGGAGAGCCGGUCCAGCUGUGUCCUGGCGUGGAGUGAGGGUGGGUUGCCAGUGUGGUGCUCCCUGGUCCUUCUGCAGCAUGUCUGUUUCAUUGUGUGUUUAAAAAUCCCAUACGGUGUGUGUGAACAGGGCUGGUCCAGGCAGCAGGAAAAUGUACACGAUUACAGUGAAAAUGAAAGGAGGAAUAAGAAAAAGUGUCAGAACCUA